UAAAAUAAUCAUGACUUGUCUUCCAAAUAGAUUUAUGAAUGAGUGCGGUAGAAGCAAAGCUGAUCAGUCACUAUAUGGUUUGCUGGAGCCUCAAUCUAUACAAAAUGCUAAGGAAAGACGUCAACAAUGCCAACAAUACAUUGAAACAUGGGUCAAGGAAUCACAAAGGCAGUUGUAUUUAGGAGCUUACUUGCAUCAGGCACAUUGGCAACUAUUUGUUCUCCACCCAAGGGAAAACACGGUCGUUUGGUUUUGUUCUCUGAGGAAGAAGCCUGAUAUUAACAUCAAAGGCGCAAUUAACAGUGCAAUGAAGACAAUAACUAGUUCUUUUGAAGGCAUGUCUAAUCAAGGUGCACCUUGGUGGGUUGAACCCAAGGUAAUCAGUACUUGUUUGUAA